GUGGUGCCCCCCGGGCACGGGGCCAUGUACAACGGGAUCGGGCUGCCGACGCCCCGGGGCAGCGGCACCAACGGCUACGUCCAGCGCAACCUGUCCCUGGUGCGAGGCCGCCGUGGUGAAAGGCCUGACUACAAGGGCGAGGAGGAACUGCGGCGCCUGGAGGCUGCCCUGGUGAAGCGGCCCAAUCCUGACAUCCUGGACCACGAGCGCAAGCGGCGCGUGGAGCUGCGAUGCCUCGAGCUGGAGGAGAUGAUGGAAGAGCAGGGGUACGAGGAACAACAAAUUCAGGAAAAAGUGGCGACCUUUCGACUCAUGUUGCUGGAGAAGGAUGUGAACCCUGGGGGCAAGGAGGAGACCCCAGGGCAGAGGCCAGCUGUAACUGAGACUCAUCAGUUGGCUGAGUUGAAUGAGAAGAAGAAUGAGCGACUCCGUGCUGCCUUUGGCAUCAGCGAUUCCUAUGUGGAUGGCAGCUCUUUUGAUCCUCAGCGUCGGGCUCGAGAGACUAAACAGCCAGCCCCAGAGCCCCCUAAACCUUACAGUCUUGUCCGAGAGUCCAGCAGUUCUCGAUCUCCAACCCCAAAGCAGAAGAAAAAGAAAAAGAAGAAAGAUAGAGGACGCAGGUCAGAGAGUAGCUCUCCUCGACGAGAGAGGAAGAAGAGUUCAAAGAAGAAGAAGCACAGGUCAGAAUCAGAGUCCAAGAAACGGAAGCAUAGAUCUCCCACGCCAAAGAGCAAGCGUAAAUCAAAGGACAAGAAGCGGAAGCGGUCUCGAAGUACAACCCCAGCACCUAAAAGCCGCCGGGCUCACCGGUCAACUUCUGCUGACUCUGCUUCCUCCUCCGAUACUUCCCGCAGUCGGUCUCGUAGUGCUGCAGCUAAACCCCAUAUGACUGCCAUAAGCCCUUCUCCUGAGUCACGGCGCCAAGGGGAGGGAGAGGUGCCUCCCAGGGAAUCAGGUCCAGCCAACACAGGGCAACCGAGCAGCCCAGAGCCAUUAGCAAAGCAGCUGAGCAGUCCUCCAGAGGAUGACAAGAAGGAGAAAUCUGCAACUCGACCUAGCCCCUCCCCGGAGAGGAGCAACACAGGCCCAGAACCACCAGGUCCUACUCUGCUCCUUGCUGAGCAACGUGGCAGCUCCCCACAGCCCAUUGCAGCAACUCCCUUAAGUCAGGAGCCAGUAAACCCCCAACCUGAGGCCUCCCCAAGCCGGGGCCAUUCACUACCUAAGUCUCCAGAGAAGCCUCCCCAGUCAUCUUCCUCAGAGAGCUGUCCACCAUCCCCUCAGCCUGUCAAAGCUGCUCGGCACUCCAGCUCUUCCCCUGAGAGCCCCAAGCCCACGCCAGCUCCUGGGGCCCACCGAGAGAGUUCUUCUCCCAGAUCCAAGAGUCGCUCCCGUGGCCGAGCAAAGCGGGAUAAAUCACAUUCCUUUAGCCCAUCUCAUAGAACGGGGCGGUCUCGGAGCCCUGUUACUAAGAGAGGGCGAUCCCGCUCUCGAAGCCCUGCUAAAAGAGGUCAUUCUCGGUCUCGAUCCCCUCAGUGGCGUAGGUCUCGGUCUGUACAGAGGUGGGGACGGUCCAGGAGUCCCCAGCGACGUGGCCGCUCUAGAUCUCAACAGCGACCAGGAUGGUCUAGAAGCAGAAAUGCCCAGAGAAGAGGCAGGUCCAGGUCUGCAAGACGAGGCAGAUCACACUCUCGAUCUCCAGCCACAAGAGGCCGAUCUCAUUCUAGAACCCCGGCCCGGAGGGGUAGGUCCCGCUCUAGAACCCCGGCCCGGCGAAGGUCCCGGUCCAGAACAUCCACCAGACGGCGAUCCCGGUCUAGAACACCAGCCAGGCGGGGUAGGUCUCGUUCUAGAACACCUGCAAGGCGCAGGUCUAGGACCCGCUCGCCAGUGCGGCGCAGGUCUCGUAGUAGAUCACCAGCCCGCAGGAGUGGCAGGUCACGUUCUAGAACCCCUGCUCGCCGUGGAAGGUCACGCUCUAGGUCACCAGCCAGGCGCAGUGGCAGGUCACGCUCCAGGACACCAGCCAGGCGAGGGAGGUCUCGGUCUAGGACACCAGCUAGACGAGGGCGAUCCCGUAGUAGAAGUCUAGCUAGACGGGGGCGAUCUCACUCUAGAACACCCCCAAGGAGAGGCAGGUCUGGCUCAUCAUCAGAGCGGAAGAACAAAUCUAGAAUGUCACAACGCAGGAGUAGAUCCAACUCAAGUCCAGAUGUGAAAAAAUCAAGAGUUGCUUCACGACGAAGCCGAUCUCUCUCUUCACCAAGGUCCAAAGCAAAAUCCAGCUUGUCUUUGAGGCGAAGCCUCUCAGGGUCCUCUCUGGACCCUAAACAAAAGUCUCAAACACCUCCUAGGCGUAGUCGUUCUGGAUCCUCUCCACCUGAAGCAACAUCCAGAACACCCUCAAGACGAAGUCGUUCUGGCUCUUCUCCUAAGCAGAAAUCCAAAACCCCCCCGAGGAAGAGUCAUUCUAGCUCAUCUCCUCAUGUUCACAUCAGAUCUGAAACACCACCACCUGGGCAAGAAUCUGCAGCCAGUCCCAAGGUGGAUGAGCAGUCUGGGACACCAGGAAGGCGGAGCCACUCUGGAUCCUCUCCCUGCCCUGUGGUCAAGUCCACGCCACCCAGACGGAGCCAGUCAGGAUCCUCACCUGAACCCGAAGGAACAUCUAGGACGCCUCAAAGACACACUCAAACAGGAUCUUUUUCUCCACAGCCUGAGACAAAGGAGGCAGUGUCACCCACACGAAGUCACUCAAGCUCCUCCUCUCCAAGUCCCAGUAGGGUGCCUUUGAGACCACCACCAAGGCAGAGCCGUUCAGAGUCUCCCACCUCUAAGGAAGAAUUGAAUUUACCAAGCCAGAGCCGCUCUAGAUCCUCCUCACCAGAAACCAAAGGGCAGCCUGGAACACCUCUAAGACAAAGUCACUCAGGGUCUACUUCACCAUGCCCCAAUGUCAAGCUGCAAGCUCACCCAGGGCAGUGUGCCUCUGAAUUAAAGUCACCACAUCCUCAAGAGAAUCCCAAAGGUUCACUAGCACUAAGUAGCUUGAGCUCCUCCCUGUGUCCAGGAGUAAGCUCUGGUACAUCACCAGGAGACAGCUGCUUGGGCUCCUCACUGCUACAGCAGAAAGGACAGUCUCAAAUAUCACCAGUCCAUACCUCUGAGACUUCAAGUCCAGAAGCAAGACAGGCUUGCUCUGAAUCACACACACUACCAAGCAGUUCUCAGACACCCCUUAAGGGUACUCGAUCCAGGUCCUCAUCACCAGUCACUGACAUGGCGCCCAGAUCACCAGUGAGACACAGCAAACUGGAGUUGGAUUCAGAGCAGAGAUCACAGCCUGGAAUGGAACUUCAGUCUAUUCUCAAGCAGAGUAGAUCAGAAUCUUUGCCAGAAUUGAGAGAGAAAACAAACCUAUCUUCUCAAGAGCAUGUUCUGGCAUCGUCUCCCCUUAACAAGCCUGGGUCCUCUCCAGAUAGAAGAAGCCAGAACAGUGUGCCAGCUAAGCUGAGUCAAGAGGAAGACGCUAUGGAGGUGGUGGAGACAUCUGAAUCACUCUCAAAUCCUCUUCUGCCCCUCUUGUCUCCAGAACCCAAAGAAAUGACUGGACAGGACUUUGAAUCAUCACUCUCUGAAGUAGAAAAGCAGUCUUUGUCAGUUGACCACAGGAAAUCCCAGGCUCCCCUUGAAGCAGCAGAAGUUCCUACACUGGUUUCGACAUGGAGAGGCCCCCAUUUUUCACCUGAACACAAAGAAAUGUCCACCUCUCCUCCAAGGGAGAAAAGCCUUGGGUCACCUUUAGAAUUUAGAAACUUGGGCACUGUGGUGACAGAAAUGAACACUGGAUCCUCUCCAGAGGCUAAAGAAGACUUCAGUGGGCCUUUUCUGAGUCAGCUGGAGACAGACCGAUCUCUAGACAUGAAGGAACAAUCUACAAGAUCAUCCAGACACAGCAGUUCAGGAAUGUCCCCAGAUGUAGCAGAAAAAGCUGGUGUGCCUUCAAAUCCGAGCAUCUCCUCCCCUGUUCUUGAUGCUGUUCCAAGAACACCUUCAAGGGAAAGAAGUAGUUCUGCUUCCUCCCCUGAGCUGAAAGAUGGCUUACCUAGAACCCCAUCGCGGAGAAGCCAGUCUGGCUCUUCCCCUGGGCUGAGAGAUGGUUCUGGGUCACCCUCUAGGCACAGCUUAUCUGGAUCCUCCCCCGGGACCAAAGAUGUACCCAGAACACCAUCCAGAGGCAGGAGUGAAUGUGACUCUUCUCCAGAAACAAAGGCUUUGUUGCAGACUUCCAGGCCAAAGAGCCAUUCUCCAUCCUCACCUGAACUCCACAAUAAAUGUCUGACUCCUCAAAGGGAAAGGAGUGACUCUGAGUCCUCAGGUGAGCAGAAGACCUCAUCCAGGAUUCUCUGUGGGCAGAGAAGCCGGUCUGUAUCAUCCCAGGAUCCUGAUGGGAAAGGUGCCUCUCAAGAGCAGAGCGAUUCAGAUUCUUCUCCAGAUCCCAAGGCUCAGGCUAGAAUUCCGCUCAGACAAAGGGCCUGCUCUGGGUCAUCUCUGGAAGCUGAGGGUAAAUCUCAACCAUCCCCUCAGCGCAGCAGGUCUGGUUCAUCCUCCAAAACUGUUGAAAAGUCAAGAGCAGUACCUAGGGUACCAAGCAGCACAGAGUCCUCUCCAGAGCCGAAAGCUCUUCCCCCUCGGGCACUUCCCAGACGCAGCCGAUCUGGCUCUUCCAGCAAAGGCAGGGGUCCUUCUCCUGAAGGAAGCACCAGUUCUGGGUCCUCUCCAGAGCAUCCUCCCAAAUCCAGAGCUACCAGGAGAAGCUGUAGAUCCUCCCCAGACCCCAAAACCAAGUCUCGCACUCCACCUCGGAGGCACAGUUCACGAUCAUCACCAGAGCUGACAAGAAAGGCGAGACUCUCCAGGAGAAGCCGCUCAGCCUCAUCUUCACCUGAGACUCGCUCCAGAACACCCCCCAGGCGCCGCAGGAGCCCCUCUGUGUCUUCACCAGAACCUGCAGAGAAGUCACGGUCCUCACGUCGCCGGCGUUCAGCUUCAUCCCCACGCACUAAGACGGUGUCCAGGAGAGGCCGCUCACCUUCACCAAAGCCUCGAGGUCUACAGCGCUCUCGUUCCCGCUCUCGGAGGGAAAAAACAAGGGCAACACGAAGGCGUGAUAGAUCGGGUUCCUCUCAGUCCACUUCACGAAGGAGACAGCGAAGCCGGUCAAGGUCCCGUGUUACUCGCCGUCGGAGGGGUGGCUCUGGUUACCACUCUAGGUCACCUGUCAGGCAGGAAAGUUCCCGCACCUCCUCCCGACGCCGGAGGGGCCGCUCACGAACACCCCCAGCCAGCCGGAAGCGUUCCCGCUCACGAACCUCACCUGUGCUGUGGAAGCGUUCCAGGUCCCCAGCUGUUCAUCGCAGAUCCCGAUCUCGAACACCACUGGUUAGCAGGCGCCGGUCCCGGUCCCGCACCUCACCAGUCAGUAGGAGACGCUCCAGAUCUCGGACAUCAGUGACUCGAAGAAGAUCUCGCUCCAGAGCAUCACCUGUUAGCCGUAGGCGGUCCAGAUCCAGGACCCCACUGGUGACCCGCAGGCGGUCCAGGUCCAGAAGUCCAGCCACACGCCGUAGAUCACGUUCCAGAACACCUCCAGUAACUCGCCGUAGGUCACGGUCUCGGACACCACCAGUGACCAGGAGGCGUUCUAGAAGCAGAACCUCACCAGUCGCACGCAGAAGGUCCAGGUCCAGAACCUCUCCGAUCACCCGACGGAGGUCCCGCUCUCGCACUUCUCCAAUAACUCGCCGGCGAUCCCGCUCACGCACCUCACCAGUAACCCGCCGGCGCUCCCGCUCCCGCACUCCACCUGCCAUCCGGCGGCGCUCCAGGUCCCGCACACCCUUGCUGCCACGCAAACGAUCUCGCAGUCGCUCACCCCUCAUCAUCCGCCGACGCUCCAGGUCCCGCACGCCGAGAACCACGCGGGGCAAGAGGUCUCUGACCAGGUCCCCUCCAGCCAUCCGCCGGCGCUCUGCAUCUGGGAGCAGCUCGGACCGCUCCCGUUCCGCAACACCACCUGCCACAAGGAAUCACUCUGGGUCUCGCACCCCCCCAAUGGGGCUUAGUGGCUCUCGGAUGAGCUGCUUUAGUCGGCCCAGCAUGUCGCCAACACCCCUAGACCGAUGCAGAUCACCUGGCAUGCUGGAGCCUCUGGGAGGCUCUAGAGCACCCAUGUCUGUCCUGCAGCAGGCGGGCAGUUCCCUGAUGGACGGCCCUGGCCCCCGAAUUCCUGAUCACCCGAGAACCUCAUCAGUACCUGAAAACCAUGCGCAGUCCAGGAUAGCUCUUGCACUGACAGCCAUCAGUCUGGGUACUGCUCGACCACCUCCGUCCAUGUCUGCUGCUGGUCUUGCUGCCAGGAUGUCCCAAGUGCCGGCACCGGUACCUCUGAUGAGUCUCAGAACAGCUCCAGCGGCCAAUCUGGCCAGCAGGAUCCCAGCAGCCUCAGCAGCAGCCAUGAACUUGGCCAGUGCCCGAACACCCACCAUGCCAACAGCCGUUAACCUGGCUGACUCACGCACGCCAGCCACUGCUGCUGCCAUGAACCUAGCCAGUCCCCGAACAGCAGGCACCCCUUCAGCUGUUGGUCUCACAGAUCCACGUGCUCCCUCGGCCUCAGCAGUGAAUUUGGCAGGAGCCAGAACUCCAUCUCUGGCAGCUCUGAAUCUAACAGGAUCUGGGUCCGCUCCAGCAGCUACAAGCUAUUCUUCCAGCUCCAGAACAGCUCAAGCUUCAGCACCCUCCAACCUGGUGGGCCCCAGGUCCACCCAUGCCACUGCCCAGGGGACAGUUGCUGGUUCCAGAACCUCUGCAGCCCUGGCCUCAGGCAGCCUCACCAGCACCAGGAUGGCUCCAGCCCUGUCUGGGGCCAAUCUCACCAGCCCUAGGGUACCCAUCUCUGCUUAUGAGCGGGUCAGUGGCCGAGCUUCACCUCCGCUCCUUGACCGAGCAAGAUCACGCACACCACCUGGAGGUGCAGGCUCCAGAACCCCGCCAUCUGCCCUGAGCCAGUCCCGAAUGCCUUCUGAGCGGGCACCCUCGCCUUCUACUAGGAUGGGCCAGCCUUCCUCACAGGCUGCUCUACCUUCAGCACAGGAGCGCUCCAGAUCCCCUGGCCCACCCGGCUUUGCAGACCAGUCCCGAUCUCUGUCCGCCCAGACUGCCCCAGGAGCAGGGUCUCAGGCUCUCUCAUCUGGGGCAAAGACCGCAUCCUCUGCUGGUGACCACAAUGGCAUACUUGCAGACCCUGCUCCUGGGGUGUUCCACUCUGAGGGUGGGGAGCUGCCUGCCGCCUCUGGGGCCCCAGCACUGGCUACCCUGCAGCCCAUCAAGGAGCGGAGGAGCUCAUCGUCCUCAUCUUCAUCCUCGAGCUCAUCCUCCAGCUCUUCGUCCUCGUCCUCAUCUUCGUCCUCAUCUGGUUCCAGUUCCAGUGACUCGGAGGGCUCCAGCCUUCCCACACAGCCUGAGGUGGCCCUGAAGAGGGUUCCCAGCCCAGCCCCUACUCCAACCCCAAAGGAGGCUGUUCGAGAGGGCCGUCCAACUGAGCCAGCUCCAGCCAAGAGGAAGAGACGCACCAGCAGUUCAAGCUCUAGCUCCUCCUCCUCUUCCUCUUCCUCUUCCUCUUCUUCCUCCUCUUCAUCUUCCUCCUCUUCUUCCUCUUCCUCCUCGACGUCUUCCUCCUCCUCCUCCUCUUCCCCUUCCCCUGCAAAGCCUGGGCCUCAGGCUUUGCCUAAACCGGCAAGCCCCAAGAAGCCAACCCCUGGAGAGAGGAGAUCUCGAAGCCCAAGGAAGCCAAUAGACUCUCUCCGGGAUUCUCGGUCCCUCAGCUAUUCACCUGCAGAGCGUCGCCGCCCAUCACCACAGCCUUCGCCCCAGCAAAGCAGCAGCAGUGAGCGAGGUUCCCGGAGAGGCCAGCGUGGGGAUAGCCGCUCCCCAAGCCACAAGCGUAGGCGGGAGACACCCAGCCCUCGGUCUGCACGUCACCGCUCCUCCAGGUCUCCCUGA